AUGGUCGCCGUUUUUGCCGCCGCCGCCAGAGAGUUCCUCCGGCUCACCCUUGGGGGAGCCACUCGUCUGGGGCGCCUGGCCGCUCAAAUUUGGGGCAUCAUCGCCCAGAGGGUUCAGCCCCUCACCAUCACCAUCACCACCACCACGGCUAACGCCACCGCCGCCGUCGCUGCCGCUCCCGCUCCUGGUGGGUCUGCGCCUCGCCGUCCUCGCGCCCUGGUCUUUGCGGGUCCCAACGGUCCCAAUUCUGGCCCCGGUCCUGGCCCCUCUUCUUUUCCCGGUUGGUCUGGCCGCUGCGCCUACCCCUCCCCCAUCGCCUGCCUCGUCGCCUGCCUCGUCGCCUGCCUCGUCGCCGCCCGCCCUAUCGCCGCCUGGCUCGCCUGGCUCGCCUGGUCGUCUUGCUCGCCGGGCUUCCCUCGCGCCCCUGCCAAGGCCAGGCCUCCGGCCGCCGCCCAACUCGCCGGUUCGGGAUUCCCUGGGCCGUAA